CUGCUUGAAGCAAGCAUGGCUGUUAGGCUGUUCCACCUCGGCAGCUCACCUCACCUCACCGUUUGGUGCCCUGUAACUGUAAGACUCACCCCCACCACCUUCUCUUACAGCUCACUCUUCUCCACCCACCUCGCUGCCUAUAAGUGGCAGCGUCACAAGCCCCCUGCCUCACCGAUCCACCUGCAUUUGCAUUUCCAUUUCCAUGCACAGACUUGGCAAGUAACACGUCGCCGCCCCAUCCCAUCAGCAGCAGCAGCAGCAGUCACCAUGCAGAGACUCGCGCGCGUCCUCGUGGUGCUCGUCGUAGCCGCCGCCACGGCGUCGGCACAGGGCCCGACGGCGGCGCCAGCGACGCCCACGCCGGCAACACCCGCGGCGCCGGCGCCCAAGGCAGCGACAACGACGACGACGUCGAGCAACAUCACGGGCGUGCUGGCCAAGGGCGGGCAGUUCAACACCUUCAUCCGGCUGCUCAAGUCCACGGGGGUGGCGUCGCAGAUCGACAACCAGGUCAGCAAUGGCGGGAACGGGAUCACGGUGUUCGCGCCCACGGACAACGCCUUCACGUCGCUCCCCGCCGGCACGCUCAACUCGCUGUCGGACCAGGACAAGAACGCGCUGGUGCAGUACCACGUCGUGUCCACCGCCAUCCCCAUGUCGCAGUUCGACACCGUCAGCAACCCGCUCCGGACGCAGGCAGGGAGCGCCUCCCCCGGGGAGUACCCGCUCAACGUCACCUCCGAGGGACAGCAGGUGAACAUCACCACGGGUGUCGUCAACGCCACCGUCGCCAACUCGCUCUACUCCGAAGACAGCCUCGUCGUCUACCAGGUCGACAAGGUGCUGCUGCCGCAGAAGCUCUUCGGCGCGGCGGAAGCGCCCGCGCCCGCGCCGCUCGCGCCGGCCAAGAAGAAGGGCAAGACGCCGGCGGCCGUCGCGGACUCGCCCGAGGCGGAGGCGGAGGCGUCCCCGGACGCGACGACCGCGUCGCUCGCGCCGGCGAGGUUGACGACGGGAGGUGCCGGCCUCGCCGCGGCUCUUGCGCUCGCCGGCGUGUGGUGGGGACUGUAGGGACGGCGAUGAGGUUUACGGCCGUGACAUCCAUCAUGCAUGCCAUCUUUUUGUAUACUUUUUUUUUGCAGGUCUUGUUGGUCUUUUCGUGCCCAUUUUUGGAUGAAAUUAUUCUUCCCUGCCCUUGAAAUUGCUAGGAGUAUGUCUUGUAAUGGUUAAUGUAAUGUCGUUGUCUCAUUUUUAUGUAUUUCCACUAAAUAAAUAUGAGUUGCGUAUAUUUCAGUA